AUGGAGCAAUUAAGCCCAAGUAGCACAAGCUCUUCCAAUCGAGCACAGCCUCCAAAGCGUCGCCCCAGAAAGCCUCUCAACUGUGAUCCCUGCAGACACUCAAAGCUCAAAUGCGACCGGCAACUGCCCUGCAACACGUGUCUGAAGCGAGGAUGGCAAGACUCAUGCGCAUACGGAUCUAAUUUUACUGGACCACGAGGUCGAAGGAAGACUAGAACUUCCAACAUUGAACCUAUGAUUCAAGCGGCUGAGCCUAGGUUCGACGCCAUAGUACCUGAGCCUCAGCCACAAAUUCAAGUUCAACCUCGAGAAGCUGCUUCAUCCCCGAGUCGAACUCCUGAGCCGAUACAAGAACGAUGGAAUACUAUCCUCCAGAGGCCUCUCCUGGAAAGGAGCCCUGUCGGCACCGACUCGCAGAGACCGACUGUUACAUUAUCGCUUAGUCCAACUGUCCCGAUUGAAGAACUGUUAGCCUUGCUUCCGCCCGCUUCAAUAACCGAAUACUUGGUGGUUCGCUACUUCGGCACGCUAUCGUCAAUAUUUCACAUCAUACACGGUCCGACUUUCCAAAAACAAUUCCUAUCAUUCGUUGAAGCUCCAGAGAAGACAAGUUUGUCAUGGUUAGCACUACUCUUCGCCAUUCUUGCGCUCACUCUUGAGACCAUCAAGCCCGACGAUGCUGGCUUGAAUCUGUUGUGGCAGGAUUCAAACUUCCCCCGAGACCUACGAGCACUAUCGCAAAAAUUCCGCAACGCAGCUAUGAUGUCGCUCUCACAAGACCAGUUCCUCGUUCGUCACGAUCUCGAUACCCUCGAAGCGAUGUUAAUACUGGUAUACAUGAUUUCCCACAAUGAAGGGCCUGAAUACGCAUGGGCGCUUCUUGGAACUGCAUUAAACAUCGCCACCGCUCUACGAUGCCAUGCAGGUGCCCCGAUAGCGAAUUUCAUCGAACGAGAACGACACCGACGGUGUUGGGCGGGAAUUCUGAUCAUCCACACUGACCAGGCACUUUGCUUUCGCGACAUCGACUUGACAUACCUCAUGAAGAUGACAGCUGCCAUGCCAGCCUGGGUCAACGACUCUGAUAUCCAUGAGCAUGGUAUCAAGGACUCGCCUGUGAUUGCGGGAUCACACUUUACGGACAUGACACUCAUAAAGUUCCAAGUCCGACUUUUCCAACUUUCUACUCAGAUCUGUUCGCACAUUUCGGGCAGUGAGAAGUUCGACGAGACACUCUUGCUCCAAUACGAUACUGCAGUUGGUAAAGAACAGAAGGAGUGGGAUACUGUAUACCUAGUCGACGGAAACAGAAGCAUCCUUAACACGGAGGGUUAUGUCCACUGGUGCACUCUGCAAACCUACGCGCACCAACUAUAUCUUCUUCUGCACCGGCCGUUCCACAGUUCCCGCUCGAACCACUUCCGCGCUGAAUCACGAGAGAAGUGCAUAAGAUCUGGCUUAGCACUUCUAGACAUCCACCAUCAGUUCUUCGAACUGCCCCGUAUGAAGUGUUAUCGGUGGCUCGUCAAGGGCGCCAUUAGUUGUAACUCACUACACGGCGCCGUUGCACUGACAUCAUGUAUGCUCGACAUGCCCGAUAGUUUAGAUCUAGCGGAACAUAUCAAUGCCAUCGAUGCUGCUGUCACAAGAAUGGAAGCGUUGAAGAUGAAGAGUCCCGCUUGUUCGAAUGUCUACCGCGUUCUUCGUUGUCUUCGAUCAUACCUCAAGAAGCGAGAGCCUGAGCCGACAGUCCUGCCGGAGGAUCUCGAGCUUAGAUUUGAAGACUGGGCGAUUAACGUUGACUGGUUCAGACCAGAUGCGAUCGAUUGGGCACUUUGGGAUCAGUACAUAACGCCGCAGAGCGAUUAUCCCGAAAACAUAAUGAGUUGA